AUGGGUUAUCCCAAAGAUUUGAAACCUUCGAUCAAAAAGGUCGCUCAUAAUGUGGUCACCUUGGCUGUUCCGUUCGCAAUGGUCAAUGUGGCCAAUAUUGGUAACAGAAUGUCUAUACUCCGCUACGGCAACGAGAUUAUCCUAUGGUCGCCAAUUCCUUACGGCGACUACAUUGACGAGGCCAUAGACCUUUUAGUGAGAAGGAAAGACAACCUCAAAGUGACACAUCUCUUUGUGGUGAACAAAGAACACAAUUUGGUGGCAGAGUCGUACUUGGAGAAGUUCCCUGAUAUCAAGAUAGUCGGGGGUGAGGGCGUAUUGGGCAAGGAUUCGAUAAUCCACCACGAGUUCACCGCCGAAGACAGUAACAAGGUGAUCAAGGGUGAAGACGCUAAAGCCAAGUUUGGAGCGACUGGCGAUUUUUGGGGCAAUUUGGAGUUCGUCUACAUGGCAGAACAUAAAAACCGGGAGGUCGUCAUUUACGAAAAGAAUCUCCACAUGCUUUUCGAGGGUGACCUCAUCAUGGACUGUGGCAGACCAGACAACGAAGGAAAUUACGAGUGUUACUCUCCUGCAACAGGAUACCCUCACCAAUACAACCCAUUCACAGGACUUUCAUGGGCUAUUGGUGAGAUUAAAGCAGGAGGCUGGCUCGGUUGGUUCAUACACUUUGUUUUUGCCCGUACAUGGACAGCUGCAGGUGAGCAGUCAAUCAGGUUGGUCUAUGAUGCCUUUGACUUCGACACCAUCGUUCAGUGUCAUGGCAAUAUCAUCAGUGGAAACGCCAAAGAAAUCUACGCAGAGAUUUAUCCGUGGUUGAAAAAGGAGCAAUAA